GGUCUACACAUCACGUUAACUAAUCGGGUCGCGUGUCUGACAUCAUUCACGAUGUUCAAAAAAGAAUUCAAUGCCGGCGCCAAAUCGAAGGUGAAAUCCUCUGUACAGCGUGCGAUCCGGCAGAAGGUCAUCGACACAUAUCCGCGCCUUGAACCACAUAUUGAUGAGAUCAUGCCCAAGAAAGAACAACUUGAUCUCGUCAAAAUUCCAGACCGAGUGUCACUGUAUAGUUCCAGCAACACCCCAUUGUUCUGGCAACACAUGGAUGACCCGAUCAUCCCCCACCUCCAUAUUGUUCACAAGUACCCAUGGUGCUUCAAGAGAAUACGUAUUGAUCGCGGCGCAAUCCGAUUCGUCUUGAGUGGAGCAGCGUUGAUGGUGCCCGGACUGACAUCGCCUGGCGGAAGGUUACCAGGAUCAGAUGGGGACUACAGCAACGACGGAGAGGAGAUUGAGGCAGGCGAGGUUGUGGUUGUCGAUGCUGAGGGCAAAGAGAACGCGUGCAUGGUCGGUGUCUUGAAGAUGGGCACGGCUGAGAUGAAAGAGAAGAAAAAGGGUCCAGGGAUCGAAAAUGGCCAUUAUCUCGGUGAUGGAUUGUGGUCAUUGACUUUGAACUGAAAAUGCAUUUUCCACGACAGUCACGGUCUGACGGACCAAAUUUCCAGUAGUGGCUGCUGAAUGCCGUCGUUCGUGGUGUUAAAUUAUACACAGUUGCCGGCCGAACGGUCAUCUCACGGUCGCUUCAGCGUAUUCCAAAAACAAUCGCAAGGCAUAUUCAGACCGAUCUGAAGGAAUUCUUUUGCCCCCGAAAUCGUUCGUUGCACACCCGAUUGAUGGAAAUGCACAAGACUUGCAUGCUUGGUUGUGACUCG